AAAAGAGGGGAGAGGGUGAAAGAGAGGAAAAAGAGGGGAGAGGGUGAAAGAGAGAAGGAAAUAGGGAAAACUGGGAGAGGGUGAAAGAGAGAGAGAAAGAUGGGGAGAGAGGUAGGAAGAAAGAGGCAAAGGGCGAGAGAGAAAGAAAUAGGGAGAGAGAAAAAGAGGUUAGAGGGGAGAGAUAAAAAGAUGGAAAGAGGGAGCGAGAAAGAGGGAUAGAGAAAAAGACAGAGGGCAAAGAGGGCGAGAGAAAGAGGGAUAGAGAAAAAGACAGAGGGGGAAAGAGGGAGAGAGAAAGAGGGUGAGAGACAAGAGAGGAAAGAGAAAAGACGGAGGGAUAGAGGAGAGAGAGAAAGAACGAGGAGAGAAAUGAAGAAAGAGGGAUAGAGAGACAGAGAAGAGAGGAAAAGAGGGAGAAAAAGAGAAAGAACGAGGGAUAGAGAAAGAGAGAGAGAAACGCUCCUGCUCUGCUGAUCUCGCGCCUCCGCCUCCCUCUUUUCCUCCGCGUGUGUCCUCAGUCUGUGCGCGCGCGCGCUCGCGUGUCUGUGUGUAUGUGUACGCAUGGCUGUGGGUGUGGGCGGGUGUGUGUGAGUGUGUGUGUGAUGCGCGCGCGCUGACUGUGGUGUGUGUGUGUGGCGGUGCCGGUGUUUUCACUGCGCGGUGUCUCACGCGCUGCCCCGCGGACCGCUCGCGGAAACUAACCGACGGAUUACAGCGGGAACUCCCGGUGGAUUUACAGCGGCGGCGGCGGAUCCGCGCGCGGGCCUCGGAGACACACUGAGACACAGAGACACACUGAGAGAGACUCACUGCAGCAGAUAUCUGAGGAUGUGGUUCUGAGCACUGGGGCUACUUCAGUAGCGGACAGUUUCCAGCCCAGCCAUUCCUGUAAACCUGAUCAGCGUCAGGGCCGGAUUCUUCACCAGCCAAUCACAGCAGUCCUUACAGCAUGCAGCGGAAUGGAGCUGAGUCUAUAUUGGAUUUCCAGGCUGAAUCUGACUGAAUCUCUCUCUGUAGCCUAUGAUGGUCAGAAUUCCUCUCCAAGCCACUACCCACUCAAGCCAGCACCAGACCCACCAGCACUGCCACAGGCCGGGUCUGUAGAGCAGAUGGUGGAGUACUCUGAUGACCCCUGGAGGAUCACUGUGGAACAGCUGCAGUAUUACACUCACCAGUUCAGAACUCUUCAGCCUGACCUCAGCGGCCUUAUACUGGGCACUGUUGCAAAAAACUUCUUUACCAAGUCAAAACUGCCCAUCCCUGAGCUUUCGCACAUUUGGGAACUGAGUGAUGUGGAUCGGGACGGAGCCCUCAGUUUCCCGGAAUUCUGUACUGCAUUCCACCUGGUGGUGGCGCGGAAGAAUGGCUAUCCUCUGCCUGAGAGACUCCCACACACACUCCAAGCAGCGUUCGGAGAUCAGAGCCUGCCCCAGCAGCAGAACCCUCAGCCUCUUGUUGUGUUUGACUCAGCGACGCCCAGAGCAGCGGAAAUGGGCUUGAUCAACCAGCAGGAAGUCAGAGAGGAGAUGUAUAAGCUAGAAUUCAGUCCUAAGAGAGAAGCUGAUCCGCAAGACCAGCAAACACAGCAAACCAGCACUUUAAAACCAGAUCCUCCCCAAGAGCUGGAGCUCAGUGUCAAGUCGAGAACGAGACCCAGGUCCUACUCCAGCACCUCUAUAGAUGACGCUAUGAAGAAAGUUGAGGAGCCUCCGACGCCCCCACCACGUCCUCAGAAGACACACUCGCGUGCCUCUUCGCUCGACCUCAACAAGCUCUUUCAGCAGGGCGGACAGGGUGUUAAAAGUGGCUGGCUGCCUCCUCCUCCUGCGCUGCCUCCUCGACCUCCAGCCUCGCAGAUCUCCCACUACCUCCCUGGGGCAGAAAACUCCCAGCAGGCCGUUCAGCAGCCCCACUUCGCUGACUUCAGCAAGUUCAGAGAGGAGGAGGAGUCAGGAGUGGCCCCUCAGGCCCUCGGCUCUCAGAGGACAGUUGGCUCCACCACAGAGGCCUCGCCGGGCCCCAAAACAGACUCUGCAGGUUUAUUCCAGGGCCACGUUCCUCAGAAGCCCAUGCGACGGAAGCUUCACCCUGAUGGCCAGAACACUGUUACACACUCAGGCCCCGCCUACUCAAGCUCCACCCCAACCACAGGGCCUAAAACAGGUCAAAGGCUGCCUGCCAGGCAGAAGAGGGAGAUUCAGAUGGCCAUCAGGAAGAAUAAAGAAACAAACGCCGUGCUAACACGGCUAAACAGUGAACUACAGCAACAACUGAAGGAGGUUCAUCUACAGAGAGUCACUCUGGAGUCUCAGCUGGAUCUGCUUCGCCCUACGGCCUCUACUUGACCCCACACUCACUUACACACACACACACAUACAGAAACACAGAGUCUUGGUGGUUCCAGAUGACCCAGUGGAAUGUAGUUUAUCACUUCAUGGCCUCUACUGACCUUAAAUGACCUGAUACUCAGACCUUUGUCCCAAUGUAACAGAGGAAACACACACACACACACAGAAUAAUCUGUGUGGAGGAGUCGCUGCAUACACUGUGACAGUGAGAAAGAGAGAGAGUGAGAGAGAGAGUUGGGGGAGAGAUGGCCUGACCUUGUCUAAACAGUUCGUUGAAUAUCAAGGUUCUGCACCAGAUUCAGUCAAUCAGCCGAGACAUAUUUGGUAUCUUUUGGUAAUUGUGAUUCUGUAGAUGACAGUAGGAGAUGCUAGGCUAACAUUGCUAACAUAUACACAUUUACAUAGACAAUUGUCUGCUUAAUGAGUCGGGCUAGCAGCAUUAGUGAUACGCUUGCUAGCGUCAGGCUAGUGGAAUUUAAUACAUCUCUGACCGGGCUUGUUGAGUCAGGCUAGCAACAUUAGUGACAUGCUAGCUAACAUCCAGCUAGCGGAAAUAGCAGUUCUGUUGACCAGGCUUGUUGAGUCAAGAGCAGCAUUAGAAACUCACUAUCAAGUGUUGGGCUAAAGGAAUUAGUAGCGCUGUUGACCGGGCUAGUUGAGUCGGGCUAGCAGCAUUAGCGAUGCGCUUGCUAGCAUUGGGCUAGCAGAAUUAGCAAUGCUGUUGACCGGGGUUGGAGAGUCGGGCUAGCAACAUUAGCAGGUCACUAUGUUAGCUAGCUCACCGCUAAUGUUAGCUAUCUCUCCGCUAACCUUGGUUCUCUCCUUGGUAACUAGCUAGCUCGCAGCUAAUGUUAGCUAGCUCUAACCUUAGUUCUCUCCAACGGUAACCUAGCUAGCUCACCGUUAACAUUAGUAUGCUAGCUAGCUCUCCGCUGCUGUUAAUUCUCUCCACAGAUUAGAUAUUUAAGGUGGGCCACUGUGAUUUCCCACCGGCAUUAAACACGCCGUCUGAUAAAUUCAUAUCUACAGCAAAUUUCCAUUAAAUUUAAGACAUUUUAAGACUUUUUAAGGACCCCCUUUUUAAGGACACCUGGGAACCCUGGAGUAAGGCAGGUCUUACUAUGCCUCUGGUCUCUGGGUGCAAAUUUGACAAAAUAGCUGAUAUUUAUGUCUUCAGUUCUAUAGAAAGUAUAAAAAUUUAACCAUGACAUCCAUAUUUUUGACAGUCAUUGGCUCUUUUUGUUCUUUUAUUUACCUUUAAACUUGUUUACAAUUGUUUUAAAGGAAAUGAACAAAAGAUAUUGGGGUGUGUUGACUAAACUUGUUAGCAGCUUUAGCCUUUAGCAUCUCCAGAUUUAAACACACACAUCAGAAACCAAACAUGCUGGAUCUUGUUGGAUCAUUUGAAUCUGGACUCUGUGAUCAAUAAUAAUGAUAAUCAGUUUUUAACCAAACUGCUGCUUUAAGAGUUUAAGUGUUCUGGAUUUAGGGCAGAAGACACGUUGAGGUGAACACCAGGGACGUUCAGCUGACAUCUGUAAAGCAUCUACAGCGGACUAUCUAAAUACAGUGUCAGUGUAAAGAGGAUCAGGUCUGUGUUGAGGGUGGAUUACGUCUCGUUUGUUUUGGUGUUUUGACACAGACCUGCUCUGUUCUUUAAUCUCGGAGGCAGUUUGGACGAACCUGUGAGAAGCAGUGAUUCAGUGUAAUGAGGGGGUUCUGUUGCAGUGACUUUGAGGGCCGUCCAAGCGCGUGUUUAAAUGUGUGUGUGUGUUUAUUGAUGGUCAGUCCACGCAAAAGAAUAGUGCAAGAUGUGCCUAAAGUAAAACGAACUGUCUGGUGUGUGUGUGGGCGUGCAAAAAGUUUUGGCAAGCUUGGUCAAAUAGCAUAUUUUAUUGCAAUCCAAUUGCAGUUUGUAACACAAUCAUUCAUAUAAUUUUAAUGCAUUUAAAAACAUAACAUAAAUGUUAAUCAUUUUUUAUUCUUUUUUUGCACAUUAUUGAAACAUUUUGUUUGUUUUAGCAGAUAGUAAUUUAUAAAUAGGCCAUAACUUAUAUAACUUUAAAUAAUUAUAAUUAUAAAACUAUAAAUAAUUAAGAUAUUAUACAGUAAUUCUGCUUCACACUGUUUACAAAGUGUGUCUCUGUAAAGUAUGUAACUUAUGCUGCGUUCCAUUUGAACUCAAAUGUAAGAAUUUGGUUUAUGUAGACAAUUUUGAAUCAAAAGUUGAAUUUCCAAUUCAGAAAAUCAGGAGAGCUUCACCAAGUCCAAGUUCAGAAUCCAAGAUGGCUGCCUCAUAAGACAAAAGUACUAAAAAAAAGAGUACUCUGGGCUUUUUACAUGUGCACAUACCACUUACAAUGCUAACCUGGGCUAAUGCUAACCUCAAACAGUGCAACAAUGCUCACCUUGGGCCUAUUUUUGUGAUAUUUACCAUAAAAUGUUGGUAAAUUAUUUGUACAACCACUUAUGGUAAACUCUAUGGGUCCUACUGUAGCGAUCUAUAGGCGAGAUGUCAACUGCACAUCAUACAGCUGGAUUAAGGGCGUGGUGUUGUGUCUUUGGUAUCGUGAGGGUGAAAAGUACCCCUUGCGCAGCUCGAAACUCGCAAAAGUGUGUUUUGGGUGGAUUGUGAAAUAAACCAAUCAGUGUGUCUGUUGCCAUUCUCUUUAAGAGUCAGGUGAGCUCUGACUUUGGCACGUUUGUAUCUUAAGAGUGCGGCACUUUUGUGGGUCUUAGCAGAGGAUACUGACCUGCGCUUUCACACUGUGAAGGUGUGCCAGGGGCUCAUUUAAGGAAACAGCAAUGCUAUUUUAUGUUAUAUUUAUAUCUUUAUUGUUGAGGUAAAAGGAUGUAUUCGCUAGCUACCUGUGUAUCUAAGAUAGGAAUGCACUCUGACAAUUGACUGUUGUCUAGGUUCAUUUCAGUCGGUGGUGCACCUGUGUUUUCCAUUGCCAACAUAGCAACACACCAGAAAUGUUCCUCAACACACUUCAAUUCCAGACCACAACACCCAUCAGUAUAGAUUUUAUUCUUAAACUCUGAUGCUAUUUCAACGUCUCAGGCGCAAGACGUGAAAAUAGACUGUUGACAGGGUGUAAAAUAGGAAUGAGCAUCUUUGCACAGGGUGUAAGAUUGGGCCCAAUAAGCUAAAAGUCUUAAGCUAACAGUUUUUGGAAAUUUUCUAUACAAUCACGCGAGUGUUUAACUUGAACACCGUCAAUUUUGGUCUGAUGUCCAACCUCUAAGGAAAGUGAAACGCAGCAUUAUAUACACUUCGAAAAUCCACAUUAUCGACUAUAUUUGACCAGGUGUGCCCAAACCUUUUUCUAAGACUGUAUGUAAUACAGGUCAUUGUUGGGGCGAUGCUGUGACAAGAAAGCAUGUUUUAUGUCUGUGAUGUAAAAACAAAUGUUUUAAAAGCAAAAAAAAAAGACAUAAAUGCAAAAAUUUGUGUGACCUUUAGUGUUCACACACACCUGGAAUGAUUUACUGUAAACUGUCUGUAAUUUAAUGCAAAAAAAGAACACUGAAAACCACCUUUGAGAAAAAAAACUCUAAAAUGUUUUUGUUUUUCUACUUUUUUUUUUCUAUUUCUAUUUUUUUCUGCUUUGAACCUGCUGACCUGCCUUGUGUUAGCAAAACUGUUUUGUUAACACUGUCAAAAGUUGAUGCUGAAAGAAGUUCUCCUCUGUUGCUAAGAAGACUUUCUUUCCUUCGUUUUGAUCAGAAUCAAAAGAGCAGGUGUGGAAAAAGCUACAAAUUAUGGUUUUGUGUAAACAAAAAAGAGGUGUUAUUAGUCUGGAUCAAUUGGAUUAAUCUGGUUCUACCAGGACGCCUCUAAACACACAUGCAGUAACAUAUAUUCAACUUUUUUUUACAGUAGUAUUAACAAUAAAAUAAAGCAAGGACAUAGCCAAGCCUCUGGGCAGCCAGUGGGACCAAACUGGAGGCAGUGGAGAUGAAGUUGAGGAAAAAACAGUGCCAGUGUUACAGGUCUUACAGACAGAUAGAAGUUGUUGAUUGGUUAAGAUAAAAGUGAUGAGCAGCGAAGAGCUGCUAGAACUAGUGCUGAAGGUUCAGUUCAUUUUUAAUGGUUCAUUAAAAUAGACUUUCUCAAACAGUUACUUUCAAAUUGUCAUCCAUGAGCAACAGAAGAAGAAAAAGAACAGGUGUUGUGCUGAAGUCUGAACGAAUCUACUGACUGGCUUUUUUGGUAAAGCCAAACUUUUACUGGUCAUCCCAGUGUUGGUCAUGCUGGUCAUUUUGAUGGACCAGUGAAAUGUGGUCAUGCUGGUUGACCAGUGUCUGAUGUCUAGAGCUGUUCAUGUUUUGUCUUAAAGAUUAGCUAGUUUAGUUUGGCAGAAUUAGAUGUUCAGAGAACCACACACCAUACAAUACUGCCUCAGAUCCAGCUGAUGCUAUAGAUGUCAGUGUUCUCAAGUCUCACGCUUUGAGUGCAUCCAAAACAUUUCAAAAACUUUGAAAGUAUACUCAAGUACAGUCACAAAGACCAUCAAAAACAUUAUUAUCACUCUUAUCAGGACCGCCCCAGCAAUGGAAGACCAAGAGUUACCUCUGUUACACAGGAUAAGUUCAUCAGUUAAAAACGCUAGUUUAAUUGGCACAUUUCCACAUCAGCUUUUUAACCGAUGCUGAUCUCUCUCCAGGUGUUCUGACAGCAGCAUGGCUAUGGAUACAUCAGAACUCCGUAAGUUUGAUGAUGCCGAGUGCUGCAUGCACUGCCCCCUAGCGAUUUUGUGUGUACUGCAUGUAUUGCAUUCAUUACUGAAAAACAAGCCCAACCAACAAUCCAAGUGUACACAGGAUACAAAUGGCAGCCAUCAUGAGUAUGCUCAAUUGAGUUUUAGGACAAAUAAUCAAAAAUUAGUAGCUGUUAGUCUUUGUAAAGUGUCAGUUUUUUAUUUCUGCAUCAACUUUUGACCGGGUUAGCAAGGACCACUACUCCAGUUUCACCCUUUCCAAUACAUUUUCCCAAUAUUUCCUCGGUGCAGGUGUGUUUUUUACAAUUCUGAGGAGAAAUACUGCAAAAAAGACACGCUGAGUGAUUCUGUUUCGUUUGUUUGUUUGUUUGUUUAGAUGGAGAAAUGUCUGUAAUGUUUGUGCGUGUGUAUGUUUAACAUUUUCCUAUGCAAAAUCACAAUGGUGCAGGCCCACUUCCUGUUGAUGCCGUUUCUUUUUUAUACUGAGCCAAAUUCAGAAGAAGAAGCUCCACGCACACUCAAACAUAUAUAUACACACACACUGGGUGAUCUGUUCAGGAUAACACGCAGGACUUGAAUGUUUGCCUUUAUUACAACUGUGUGUGUUUGUGUGUUUAAUGGAGAUGGUGUGCUCUGUUCUGACCUGCACGUGUGAAACAGAAGAAGAAUACUGUAAACCCCUCA